ACCGGAGAGUAUUAGAUGACGCGGACUGUCGUUGCAAAACCACUAUGGCUGUUCGUGGCACUUAAUAAGGUGACGUGUCAUAACAAUUCUUACAGCAAGUUACCUGAACUGAAGAAAAAUGAACUCUUUUAAGCGUGAUAAAAAGGAAGAAGAAGAUGGAGGAGGUAACCCGUUUCAGAACAUGGAGAAGACAACCGUUCUGCAGGAAGCUCGGACGUUCAACGACACUCCAGUGAAUCCCCGAAAAUGUGCCCAUAUUCUUACAAAAAUACUUUACUUGAUAAAUCAGGGCGAACAGUUGGGAACAACCGAGGCCACUGAAGCUUUCUUUGCUAUGACAAAGCUGUUUCAGUCACGUGAUGUAAUUCUACGUCGGUUGGUUUACUUGGGCAUAAAAGAGCUCAGCCCUAUUGCGGAGGAUGUUAUCAUCGUCACAUCCAGUCUCACCAAAGACAUGACUGGCAAAGAAGAUCUGUACAGAGCUGCGGCAAUCCGGGCUCUGUGCACGAUCACCGAUGGUGCAAUGCUGCAAGCUAUUGAACGUUACAUGAAACAAGCGAUUGUUGAUCGAUCUCCCGCAGUUUCAAGCGCUGCUCUGGUGUCUUCACUUCACUUGACCAGUAUUUCUGGAGAUAUUGCAAGGCGGUGGGCCAAUGAGGCGCAGGAAGCUCUCAACUCUGAUAACGUGAUGGUUCAGUAUCAUGCUCUUGGAGUAUUAUAUCAGGCAAGAAAGACGGACAAACACGCCGUCACCAAGCUCGUCUCAAAGCUGACUAGAACAAGCUUGUCGAGUCCUUAUGCUGCUUGUAUGCUGAUUAGAAUGGCGUGUAAGUUACUUGAAGAGGAAGAUGGUAACGCCGAACUACUCGAUUUUGUCGCAUCAUGUCUGCGGCAUAAAUCAGAGAUGGUUGUGUACGAAGCUGCACAUGCUCUGGUCAACAUGGGCAAGAGCAGCACAAGGGAGCUUGCACCAGCUAUAAGCGUGUUACAGCUGUUUUGUGGCUCCCUAAAACCAGCGCUGAGAUUUGCUGCAGUUAGAACUUUGAACAAAGUAGCUAUGUCUCAUCCAGCUGCAGUAACUGCUUGCAACUUAGACUUAGAAAACUUAAUCGCUGAUCCUAACAGGUCUAUUGCUACCUUGGCCAUUACAACACUACUAAAAACUGGCGCUGAGAGUUCUGUUGACCGUCUGAUGAAGCAGAUUGCUACCUUUGUAUCUGAAAUUUCAGAUGAAUUCAAAGUUGUAGUUGUACAAGCCAUCAGAGCCCUAUGUCAGAAAUUUCCUCGAAAACAUGCCGUACUAAUGAACUUCUUGUCGGCGAUGCUUCGGGAUGAGGGAGGCUUGGAGUAUAAAGCAGCGAUUGCAGACACAAUAAUAGCAGUUAUGGAGGGUAACUCUGAAGCAAAGGAGGCUGGGCUUGCACAUCUUUGCGAGUUCAUUGAGGACUGUGAACACAUUUCCCUUGCAGUUCGCAUACUUCAUUUGCUUGGUCAAGAGGGUCCGACAUCCAAACAACCAUCUCGCUACAUUCGUUUCAUCUACAACCGUGUCAUUUUAGAAUGCGCAAGUGUACGCGCCGCCGCAGUAACAGCAUUGGCACGUUUCGCUGCUGCGUGCCCUCCACUUCUUCCUAAUAUACUUGUUUUGCUGUCACGCUGCCAAUUGGAUUCAGAUGACGAAGUUCGUGAUCGUGCUGCAUAUUAUUGUGCCAUUCUCCAGCAGCAGUUCGAUCCAACAACUCUUUCUCUAGUACAACCACCACUUCUCUCCAUUCCCAGUUUAGAGAGAGCAUUGAAUAAUUAUGUGUCUUCUCCCAUGGAAGAACCAUUCGAUAUUUCCCAGAUACCGCCGGCUCAGACAGUAGAGGAGCCUACGCAACCGGAAAUACUUGCAACUGCAAAACAACAACAAUCAAGAUUGUCCCGCGAAGAGACAUUUAUGGAAAAACUUGCACAAGUGCCGCAAUUGGCCCUUGUUAUUUCAAAGUCUCCACUUUUCAAAUCCUCUCCUGUUGUUGAGUUGACGGAGUCGGAAACUGAGUAUAACGUCAAAUGCGUCAAACACUCCUUUUCCAAUCAUCUCGUUCUCCAGUUCGAUUGCCUCAAUACUCUUUCUGACCAAUUACUUGAAGAUGUCAGAGUUGCUAUUGAGCCACCUGAAGGUUACAGAGUAGUGUACGAGAUUCCAUGUCUUCGAUUGGCAUACAACGAGCCCGGGACAACUUAUACAGUAUUGGAAUUCCCUGAGGAUGUUCACGCCAGUAUAGCUACCAUUCCAACAACUUUGCGAUUUAUGGCACGUGACUGUGAUCCAACAACAGGUGUUCCUGAUGCCGAGCAAGGAUAUCGCGAUGAGUACAUGCUUGAAGAUCUUGAGGUAACUCUAGCUGAUCAAAUGCGCGGAGUAGGAAAGCAAGGUGUUGAUUUUAAUGCUGCUUGGGAUGCUGGAGCAACCCGUGGAUUCUCUGAACUCGAAGAAACGUUUGCUUUGGGAGCAUCGGUGACUACCCUCGGGGGUGCAGUACAAAGUCUUGUUGGUUUCUUGGGUUUGGAAGCUGUCGAGAGAAGUCAUAGAGUAGCAACAGAUGCUGUUGGGCAUACUUUAUUGUUAGGGGGUAUAUUCAGAGGAGGAAAGGAGGUUUUGGCUCGCGCAAGAUUAGCUUUGGCUGAUAGCCAAGUCACAAUGCAGUUGUCAGUUAGAUCUUCCGAUCCGGAUGUGGCGGAACUUGUUACUUCCUCGGUAGGAUAAAUUGAACUCUAUUCUUAUAAAUAGUACCGGUUGACAAAAAAGUUGUGCUGCAGCAGUGUGACACGUAUUGUUGUUAUUUGCGAACUUAUUGUAAGUUUGUCAAGGCGGCUUAUACAAUUACAGUGCCACCUCGUUAUAACGCGGUUUACGGGGCUGUAGAGGAGAACCGCGAUAUCAACAAUCCUCUUACUUCGCGCUGCGCUGCUUCCAUAGGCCUGCCCACUACUUACUCAUGCACAGUAGUGUUACAUGGGUGGUGAGAGAAUAAGCUUUGAAGAAAAAUUUACCAACCGCGAUAUAUCGAGGUGGCACUCUAUCAGAAAUCUGUUAUUUAUGACAGUGGAAAUACUAUACAUAUACAACAUUGUCAGAUGAUUAAAAUCCGCUACUAUGUAAUUUGUGUACGUACGAGUAUAUUAUUGGAGCGAAAAGAAACCUUGUAUCAAUGUUAAAAAACGCUGUUUUUUUUGUAGAACAGGUACUGUCGUUGGUAAGAAAAUAAAUACAAGAAAUUAUAUUACGGUCAUA